AUGACGGAGAAUAUGAAAGUUCUCGUGUAUUCGAAUGAUUAUCCCGAAAGUGGAUUGAGUAUUCUACGCGAACAUUUCACAGUUGUUCAAAACCGACACCCAGAUUUCGAGGCAGAAAACGUUACUGAAACAAAUAAAGAACUGCUCGAACUUAUUCCUGGAUCAUCAGCUCUAGUAUGGAUGUCUCCAAAUCCCAUCCAGACGGAAUUACUGAUCGCAGCUGGUCCCCAACUAAAGAUGGUGGCAACGUGCUCCGCUGGUUACAACAAUUGCAAUAUCAUGGAACUGAAAACUCGUGGUAUCAAACUAUCGGACGCGGCCAACGUCGUGAGCUCUAUUGUAUCUGAAGUUGCUGUCGCACUUAUCUUUGAAGCGGCUAAACGAUUCGCGGUCCAUUUGAGACCUUAUCGCAGGGUUGACUGGGAAAUAGGUCCCGAACAACCUGGACAAGAAAUAAGUGGAAGCACUGUAGGAAUUGUUGGCCUCGGAAGCAUUGGACAGGCGACUAUUAAGAGGUUAUCUGGCUUUGAAGUUGAAAAAUUCUACUACACUGGACCUAGAGAGAAACCGGAAGCCAGCAACUUUAACGCACAAUUCACAUCUCUCGACCAUCUGCUAAAACGAAGUGAUUUCAUCGUGUUUUCCGCGCGCUUAACCAGUGAAACUUACCGCAUGAUCAACAACCAAAACAUCAAGAAGAUGAAGAGGACCGCCGUCCUCAUCAUUGUUUCACAUGGAGAUCUUGAUGACUUAGAUAUCCUGAUAUUACAUUGA